CUUCGUCAAUGCGCUUAAUCAAGUCCUCCUCCCUCUCGAGACCUCCUGCGCCACCCUGCUCCCGAAGUUUUCAGUCGAGCCUCCGACGCCAUCUGAUCGUUGUUCGCCUUGAGUGCAUCACGCUGAGCGACUUCUAAUCUGGCUUGAAUGGUUUGCACUUCGGUGCUGCGGGAGACGAGUGCGUCGCGAAGUUCCGAGAGCUCAUUCUCGAGUGUGGUGAUUCGGAGAUUGGAUAGCGAAGAUGAUCGGCAUCUGGCAGGUGUUCUGGGCGUAUUCUGAGGGAUUACUACGGUGGCCUUCAAAGUUGAUUCAAGCUCUUUCACCCGAGCUUCCAAUUUCCUCUUUGCCUGCUCCAUCCUCCCAAGUUGCGAUUGCUGUCCCUCCGAACCUUGUGAUAAUGAGACGAGGGCGUUCUCCAGCUCCUUCGCCUCGAGAUCCUUCAGUCGAAGUCUUUCUUCUGUGGAAGCUAGGGCGGCAGACGUAUUCUGCACAUUUAAGCUCGAGUUUUGAAGAUCCAACGUGGCUUUAUUUAGAGAGGUCUCAAGUUGAAGCACUCGAGAGGUUUCGGUAUUCAACUAACAGAAGAGUCAAAAGAUGGCCCUCUAGUUUCCACAGAAAGUACCUUUUGCAUGGCGUCAAUCAUAGUCUGUUUCAUCUCGUCCAUUUCUUGGGCCUUCCUCAUGAGUUCGCCCUGUUGCGCCGCAAUCUGUGCAUCUUGAACGGACAGUUAGUCUUUCGAAUAACAGAGUCUAUGACCACAUGCCUUUGCUUGCUAGUUUGUCCUUCAUCGCCUGCAUGCUUUCUGAGACGUCGUUCAUCCCAAGAGUGAAGAUGGACAUGGCAGACCCGGGGGACGAUGACAGGACGAUGACUUGCAACCGUCAACGAUCAACCUUGGUAGCACGUGGAAACCUUGUCAUGUGACCGCGCUUUCUAAAUACGUCACCGUGAACAAAUCGGCAACUUGUUUUUUUGAACUCUACUGCGGUCCAUGCUGUGAUUCAUAGGUAACUUGUGGCUACUGAUAUCCGCCGGCAUUUUCUGAGGGUCUCUUCGAUAAGGAAUUUGAAUAUGUUUCUCCAUAUCUCUCCGAUAAAGAAGCUCCAGGCGCACACUGGCAGUGCGUCCUGGCACAAUCCUUCAGUAGCCUCC